AAGUCUUUGCAAAUCUUUGCCGUGAUGGUUGAUGAAGAGCAAGCGACGCUAGACGGGCAGUUCUCCGCUUUCGCUCGUUUGUUCGAGUCGAAGCGAGACGGCACUACGAUCACGCUGUACAGGUCCGACUACUGGAUGCGGCAGGCCAAGCUGCUGGAGGACAGGAAGCUCACGAUGACGGACACCGGCAUCGUGUUCAACAAGUGGAGCAAAACCGAGCUCUCCUACGACGAGUGGCUCCAGUUCCUGUCUGACGUCUGCGCUCUCCGCGCCCUGGACGAGGAGGAGGUGAAGGAGACGCUCACCAACUGCGGGCUGCCGGGGCAGAGCGCCGUGCGCGUGCCCAUGUACCGGGACUUCUUCCUCACUUACACGCCCAAGGAUAAGAUGAUUGUGUAACUUUGCGGUAGUUGGAAUAGAGUUUUACAAAUUA